GCCGUCGCCAGCAUCACAGCCAGUCACCGCCGCGAUGGCCAAGAAAGCAAAGUCUCGUACCAUCAUGGUACGCCUCAUAUCGAUGGCCAUGACUGGUUACUACCGGACAAUGCAACGGCCGCGUGCGCAUCAACCGCUGAGCAUGCUCAAAUACGAUCCCAUUGUGCGGAAGCAAGUCCUCUUCCUUGAAGCCAAGCGUGGAAAGAAGUAGAGUGGCUACACGGUACCACACUACCUACCUUCACGACACGAUGGAUAUGGAGGGCUCUGGUUGAGUGGAAGGGUGUAGACGGGAGGGUGCUACACGCACACAGCGGGCGGGGCGCCAUGUUGGAACGCCAUCGCACACCGUACGCAAAUGAUACCACAACGUCGAAGAUAUGUACGCCUAUUGUACGUACACUGUACCAUACACAGCAUGGCCUGGCGUUAUAGAUGGAUUCGGCAGAUAUCGGGCAAGAGCCCUUGAAAUGCACGAUUAUACAACCAUUCAGAGAC